UUUUUGUCCGUCAAAAGUAGAUGAAUAUACAUGGGGAAUGCUAAUUAAAGUUUCAUGAACACUUCUGAACGUAUUCUAAGGAGCACUGACCAACACUAUUUGUCGUAGGAGCUUGUCAAGCCGAAAAGAGAUCAAAUCUCUUGAUUCUUCCGUUACCUAGCUAUCUUCCAUACGCGAAGUCUAACGUCUCGUAAGCAUUGUAGACCCCGGCCGGCACGUGGAACUUUGUUUUCAGAAAAAAAUCCCAAACUUCAUCCAAAAUGCCUGCAAAAUUUGCCAUCAAUGGAUAUGGUCGCAUCGGACGAUUGAUCUGUCGAACUAGUUUGGAUCGAGACGACGUUCAAAUUGUUGCAAUUAAUGAUCCUUUUCUGACGCCCAAACUUGCGGCUUAUUUAUUCAAGUAUGACUCCACGCACGGYACGUUUGAGGGCAAAGUCGAAGAAAGUGACGAUAAAAUAUUCAUCAAUGGAAUCGAGAUCGCCGUGUACGCCUUCAAGGACCCUGCCAAAAUCCCAUGGGAGGAUCACAACCUGGACUUUGUGGUGGAAUCGUCUGGUAUCACGACCUAUAGUCAAGUCAGCACCCAUCUAAAACGUGGUGCGAAGAAGGUUGUGGUGGCUGCACCGUCUGAUGAYAUUCCAAUGUUUGUGAUGGGAGUCAACAAUCACAAGUAUGAUCCAAGCAUGAAAAUUGUGAGUAACGCAUCUUGUACCACCAACUGUCUUGCGCCCUUGGCAAAAGUACUCAACGAAAACUUCGGUAUUGUCGAGGGUUUGAUCUCAUCCAUACACGCCUACACAGGGCCCCAGAAAACUUUGGAUGGAGUAAGCGAAAGGAAAUCCAUUCGAGAAGGUCGAGGAGCUCAUCAAAAUAUAAUUCCUACAACCACCAAGGCUGCUAAGGCAAUCGGCAAAGUGUURCCAGAACUGAACGGAAAGUUGUCAGGAAUGGCAUUCCGUGUUCCGGUUCCUGAUAUUUCCGUCUUGGACUUAACCGUGCGAUUUGAGAAAUCGACCAAUAUGGAGGAAAUUAAAAAAGCUGUUAAAAAAGCAUCAGAAAAUGAAUUCAAAGGUUAUCUUGGUUAUACGGAAGACCCUGUCGUGUCUACUGACUUUAUUGGCUCCAAAAUCACCAGUACGUUUGACGGAACGGCGGGGGUUGAAUUGAAUGAUAAUUUCUUCAAGCUGCUGUCAUGGUACGAUAACGAAUAUGGCUACAGCAACCGUGUCGUAGAGCUCAUGGCGUACAUUUACUCACGCGACAAGGAACAGUAAUUUAUCAUUUACGUAGCAUCGUUACGUAAUAAURCAACCAUACGCAUGCACAUACUGCUGUUUCCGAAAUGUUAACAAAAAAAAGCGCUUCAAUUCCGAAAGGAAUUGUGGGAUAUCCUGCUGGAAAAGAAGUUUGUCGAAGCGAGAUGUCACUAAAGGACUUAUGUUGAUGUUGGCGAUUGCUGACAAAAAGAUURUAAUCAAGUUUUCUGCAGAGUUAUAGAACWACGAAACCUGAUCAUAAUCAUCUUCAAUCUUUUCCAUAUAAAGGAUUCAAUAACAUUUUGAAAACAGCAGUAAAUUACCGCAUUUUUSAAUAGUAGAAAAGAAAGUCUAUGUCCAAGACCACAUACUACUAUUAAGAGAGCCAUGGUCCACCAGCAUCCCUUUUCAGCCUUUGUUGAUAUGUUUUUAAAUAGAAACACGUCGUAAUAUAAGUAAAAACUUACUUUAUUAUCCCUUUAUACUAUAUGAAUAGAGAGAUAUUGUAAGAUUUGACCUUAAAACCAAUGGAUGGAAACGGAUUGCGAAAGGAUAUUUGAAGUCACCUCAUUUUUAAAAAAGAAAAAAAUCUAAAGCAAGAGUUCAUUGAAUGCUGGUGAAUCAUGCCCCUUAAUUUAGACUCGUAAAUUUCGGGCUCCCUGUGGAUAAAAUAGGCAAGAAAGUGGACUAGCUCCUUACUGAUUGCACACGAAGCCCGAAAGAGACGACUUCGGAGGAGGCUAAUAUGACAGAGGAUGGACRUAGSCUGCAAAAGGUCUGCAAACUCGUUUGCWGAAAAAUCAUUUCUUAUUUAUGRUGUAGAUUAAUUACGCGAGCUGUGUUAUUGCUUUACGCAAGCUGGCUUUACGUAACACUUAUGAAAUAUUAACGUAAGCGUUUUCGAUCUAGCUGAUCUUCAGACGUCGGACUUUUUGAAGAUGAUCAAGAUACAUCGAUCGAAAACACAUUAGUUUAAAGUCAUUUGAAUAUUACUUUUAUUGAAUUGAUACAGUUUUGAAAUUCCCGUCUAAUUCCCGUCUAAUUCCCGUCUAAUUCUCGUCUAAAUUUCCGUCUAAGAGCGAUUGUUUGGCCGCUCAAUGGACGUUGAAUAGAGUGCAGAUACAGUAUUGGAAAUUCUUAGUUUGGUCGCUCAAUAGAGUGUGAUCGCUUUAUAGAGGUACAACUGCAAUAAUGCAUGUUCAUAUAGUAUUUUAUAGUUACGUACCUCGUUACGUUACGUUACGUAACUACGUGAGCUUAAUGACUUUUUCUACAUUGACAUUUUCAUAUUUUUUCUUUUUCUUCUAACAAUUUCCAGAGAAAUUCAUUUUUGACAAAGAUAAAUUUAUUUAUAAGUAAGCCAUGGCCAGAAACAGUGCCUGAGACGUAUUGCAAAAAGACUACGUUGUUCUGAAAAUAUGAAUCAGACUCUUUUCGAACCGUUUACGUCGAAUGGGUUGUGCGUUUCCAUGAGCGGGCUUUUGAAUAUUUAUACGUUUAARACUUGUCAUGAGAUGUAAAUAUGUAAUACAGAAGAAGAUUUAACGCUGUUAGUUUCCGUGAACGCCUAGUGCGUUUUAAACUCUAAAAUACGUAAGGUUUACACGUUUUUGAAACGUUUACGUGUGGAGUUGAGCGCGUUUGAUAACAAAUUGAAUAUGAUGAAUUGAGAAUAAUGUGUCUAACGUAAAAUCUUAAUUUAUGCGCGUACAAAUGUUCGCGUUACGUCUACGCUUAACGUUACGUUUACAUAUACAAUUGUGCGCAAGGGGAUACCAUACGGUUAAAGAUCUCAUGAAUAUGGAUUGUCGAUUKAAGAAAACAAYGGAAYCGGAAAAUAGAAGAUAUYAGAGUCGUUACAYUUAACCCGUGAGGGGUUAACUAAAUCAGGGGGGUGGAUGUACAUUGGUGCAACGGCUACCUCUCUAUAAUGACGCAAUUAUUAGCUGUUUUGAAUGAAUAGUGCAACAAAGUGUACGAUCUUAGUACGGUCGAGUGCAAAAACGCUAUAGCUAAAACAAUAGUAGGUCGUCAGACUCUCACGAAGUCACAGGGGCGGAUAGAGGGGUGGGGGGGUGA